GAUUUAUUUGCUACAACUAACCAGAAAAUUUAAACUUACAACAAAAAACACAAAAAAAUGAUAAGCGAGAAUUAGCUUUAUUAUGAUGAAUCCAAAUUUCUUCCUCCUCUCUAUAUAUCCACCCACCCUCUCUCUCUCUCUCUCUCACACCCAAUGUCUACAUCCGGAAUUCGGUUUUACGAUCCGAAAACUACUGAUAUGGAUUUAGUCCAAGCCAUGAUUCACAAGGGGAUUGUCCAUGAUACAUUUACGGACUAUGUGGUAAAGUCUGAGAAUAACGAUGAGUUGGCUGGUAAAAUCCUUGCAUUUAUUCCCUCUACUGAGGAUUUGUUGGCCCAAAUUGCUUCAUGUACUCAUGAGCUCGACGAAACCGACCAUGCAUCAGCACUGGAGUUUACCCAGGAACUUACCAAGAAAUGUGAAGGAUUUGGUGCUCCAGAAAUGCUGAAACAUUGUGAGGUGCUGAAGCAUAAAUGCAUUGCGCGGGAUGACGUACAGUCCCGUGAAUCAUUGGUAUUGUUAUACGAAAAAUAUGAUAUUCUGCAGCACUCUCUACUUCGACUUCUUGAGGUUCUGUUGAAUAAGAAACCAGUGUUCACACAUGAUUCUAUGCUGCUACUUUCGUGAUCUUGUCUGAUGUAUUUCUUGGGUGCCUCGUGCGAUUCCAGUGGUAACAGUUUUAUCAAGAUAAGAAUUCAUUUCCUUGAUUCCUUCCUAUUUCUGUUGAAGGUCUGAUUCAGCUAUAUACGUAUCAGUCUAUGCUAGGGUGUUAAUCAGGCACGCAUAUGUGUACAGUGAAAUCACCCAUUUGUGUGGUUUACCCGAAUCGUUGUCCCUUAAUAAUAUAGACAUCUUGGAUGUGUUUAAAAACUUGUAACCCUGUCAGUUUUUUUUGUUUUUUUUUUUUUUUUGUUUUUUGAACAAACAAUAUUAUGUACAUGAGAGAGACUUAGCUUCACAAAUUCGUCUUUGGUGAGAAUCGAACCUAAAACCUCCCACUAACAAGUAAAGAUAUGUGACACACAUCAAAAUUUUGUAUAAGCUCCUAUCUGUUCAUGCUUUUAAUUACUACUUGAAGAUAUGCAAUUCACUCGUCUUU